AUGGUUGGAUCAGUAGUAUUACCAGUAUUAGGAGCUGUUCCUGAUGCUAUGAUGGUAUUAUUCUCUGGUCUAGGUGAAGAUGCACAACACCAGGUAUCAGUAGGAGUAGGUGCAUUAGCUGAUCAUCUCAACUGGUCUAAGCUUACUCCACAUAAUAAUCUAUCAUUAAGAGAACAUAUACGGCAGAUGAGGAAGCUACUAACACCUUUCUUUCAGUAUUAUGAUGUUAACAGAGAUCAUACUAUCGAUUUUGAUGAGUUUAAGAUGCUUAUGAGGGACCUACAUGAGAGGAUUACAUUUGAUGAACUAGCUACCCUUUUUGAAGAGGCUGAUGCUGAUACGUCGGGUUAUAUUGAUUUUGAUGAGUUUGUUACUAUGAUGAUAAUAUAUAUACUAGAAUCAAGAGAGCAUCCAAAUAGAUUCCAUCAUAAGGAUGUAUUAAGACAACAUUUAUUAACAAAUCUAACCCCUGAUGAACAGCAGAAGAGGAUUAAGAUAAGGGCUGCAUAUAUGAUGGGAAUAGAUCCAGCUGUAGAUGUAUUAAAUGAGAUAGCUGAGAAUGACUACUCGAACAUGAAAGAUGCUGUUGACUUGCAGCUGGUCCCAAUCCCCCGUAGCACAAAAUGA